AUGUCCUCGAUCGCCCUCAGCCAACAAUCACUCGCUAGUACCCCCGCCAGCGGUGUACCGUCGUCGAAUGGUGGGCCUCACGACGUCUAUUCGGCAACUUUCGGCGAACAAGUUCCUGCUGCAAGCAUUGGAUCAAUGCCUGAUACUGAAGAUCAUACGAGUACUAAAGAUCCGUAUUGGUGCCUGGAAGAAGAUGUCAAAAAAGCGAUCAGAGAUGGUAAACAGGCGGGAAAGCCAGUGCGCUGGGUUGUAAUGAAUGAUCCGAAGUACCGCAACGGAAAGGAAGUGACGGAAAACGCCUGGUGGGACAAUCAGCGAGAGAUCUGCAAAGAAGAAGAAGCGGCCCAACGAGCUUUUGAUGCGGAGCAGCAAAAUGCCGGACGCUCAGAAACUUCUAAGCCUGGCGAGCAGAGGAAGGUCGCUACCAUCUCGUCUCCCUCCUUCACGCAACGGUCUACCUAUUCGGACGUCUUCGGGAACCCUCCUGAUGAGGUUCAGAUCAACUUCGACGACCAGAUUUCCACCUUGGCAGAUGUGCCUACUACAGACGACGUGCCCUGUACAGACGAAGACUUCCCCGAGUAUCAGCCUAAACCCAUCCAGGGACUUUCGACCCCAGAAGGAAUCAGGAAGAUUUAUGUCAACGGCCAAGAAUUCGAUCUGCCUCCGGACAGCACGUUGACCCCCCCGCAAAUCACUCAGGCUGUGAUAGAUGCAUUGGGCCUUACCAGAAAGUCCGGUUGUCACCACCAAGCAAGAAAAUGACAAGUUCUGGAUCUGGGUGGAGUUGGGUGUUACGGUAUUGGCUCAAGGUGUCUUUUUAUGGCUCUUGUGUGAUCGUUUGUGGCGACUGAUGGGAUAUCAACCUGAUCACAUCAGGGAGAAUUUC